AUGACUGUGACUCUGGAUGAUGUGCAUUCCCUAUUUCACCUUCCGAUAGUUAGUACAUUUUUUACACCAGCUCAUAGGGACCAGACGACGGCGGUGCACAUGGUGAUGGAUGCUUUAGAGGUUGAUGAGCUGGUUGUGCUCAAGGAGUUUGGUGACACUCGGGGCUUUAACCUCAGGAUAUCUUGGUUGAGGAGAGUUUAUCAGGAGCUUGUCGAAGGGAGGUACCAGGCUGCCGCUAGGGCGUACAUGCUACAUCUAGUGGCAUGUACUCUCUUUGCAGACAAGUCUGGAGUUUAUUUAGAUUUCUGGUAUCUUACUUUCUUCAACGACCUUGAUACCCCAUGUUGGGCUUGGGGAGUGGCUGCUUUGACGAUGCUAUACACAAGGCUUGAUGCCGCAUCUCGUCCUGACACCAGACAACUUGCUGGUUAUCUGAGCUUGUUACAGUGUUGGAUCUACGAGCACUUCCCUCGCAUCUGUGAGUGGAAUACCCAGUGUUGUGCAGCUGCUGACCCUUAUGUGAGGAGGUGGAAGGCCCGACAGACCCUUCCAGGAGAUUGA